GAACUUAUCGUUUGUACCGGUGUGAUAUGGAGAGGUGAAGGCCUUUCACACAAUAAAACAAGCAGCUUUGUUCACCUCAAGGAAAAACUCAUGUCUUACAUUCAUUUACACCAGAUCUAUUUCAUCUUCUUUUUAAUGGAAAGGCAUCAUUAUCUAAUAGCAGAAACAGUUAUUGGCAGUAUUUAUUGACAGUCGCAUAUUUAGAGUGAUGAAAAGCAAUCUGACUUCUGCUUGGAGAGCAGAGCACAAUGUAAAAUAUAAGGAUGUGGUUUUCUUUAAAUGAUGUAUUCCUCCUUAAGUAGUUAAAGUAACAUGCAAGUAGGGCACGUGAACUUGAUGUAUUGUGCCAAAGUAAGCAGGCUCAGCUUAAUUCUAACUUAAAUGCAUUUAAACCAGGAUGGUGUAGGUGCCUUAAAAAGAAGUGAACUCUGAAAAUGAGUUUAUGAACAGCCUAAUGAAUUUAUAUCAUUAGGAGUGCUUGUACACACUAUUAACAUUACAUGUUUCGUCAUUUCCAUACCCCACAGGCUUCAUUGCUACAGGACACUGCUUUAAUUAGGUGCUAUUUCAACAACAGCCUAGGUCAUUAACGGGGCUGGAACUCAUUCGUUGCCACCGGAGUCUCAGUCAUGGUGGCCUGUUGCUAGCUGAACUUUAACACUUUUCUCAGCCACAUGAACACUCCAAAGCAUGUCCACAAAAAUCAAAGCCUGAACAAGUCGUGUCUGAAAUGACCGCUGCAUUAUUACUAAAAUAAUCAUUUCAACUGAAACCUUAACGGUUCGACAAGUUUCUUUGCUUUCUUCAUCAGCGGGAAAUUGUCCAAACUCAGAAAAUCAAGGUUAUUGUUAAGUAGCAAGUAACCUACGCAGAGAGAAAACUCGCUGUGAGUAAUUAUUAGAUUUAAGAGAAGCAUGGAUUAAGUUAAAUGCACUGUUUAAUUUGAAGUAAGGAGGCAGUUUUCAGUUUCAGAGUCAUUUUCUAAGCUCAGAUAAGAAUCUCUAGCUACUGUCUGUUUAAUUUUACCACAUUUUUGCCCAGAAGUAAUACAAUUUUUUGCAUCAUAAAUGCAUGCUGCUCAGAGCUGGUUUAAAUUACGAAAUAACUUGUACGUGUAAGAAUCUUGCCCUUCAUUCUGCGUUUUAGCCUGCUCGUCUUUGGCCCGUUAUAUACAGGAUCAUUCAGGCUCUACGGCUUCUUCAUUCUCUUGAUCGGCAUUUUGCCAAAUUGGCUCCUAUGAUGUCGAUUAAGGUGCGCAAAGAGAGAAAGCAGAGAAGAAGAGAAACGAGAGAGAAAGAUGAGGCCAGCCCAGGGGGUGAGGCGCGUGUGAGAGUGUUGAAUUUCAUGAGUCACGGAAGUGUUAUAAUUGCACCCCAGAGUUCACUGAUCAGUCACACAGAUUGACAGCACAUCCAUGUCAUCCCGGGUUCAAGCCAGCCUUGGCACAGUGUGUUUGGUAUCAUGGCACAUCCUUUCAUUCUCAAAUUAUUAUAGAUUUUUCUUUGGAGGGUUUUGAUUGGUGCUUAUAAAAAAAAAAAAAAACAUCAUAUGAGUCAUAUUUUAGUGUGUUGCUUUGAUUUUAUAGAUGAAAGGCGUUUAAAUCUUCACUGGAAUAAAUGAAUGAUCUGUUUAGUAAAAUAGACCCGCUUGACUCAAAGUACGGACACAUGCGCACAACACGUCCCAGGAUGAUUCUCUUUUAUGUGCAGUUACAAAGUAAAUACCAACUCGAGUCGUUUUGGAGGUAACGAGUCCUGAGCUGCUGUGAUCAUGCGCAUUUGUUGUCACGCUGUCUGGCCCGUGCGUCUUUGGCUCUUCACCACUUUGAGUCGACGCAUCUUUGCUCUGUGGGUUCAGCGGUACGCUCUCCUGCGCUCUCCGGACAGCUUUGAGAAUUUCGAGAGUAUUUUUUAACCUUUGGGAUGGAGAUUGAGGAUGUGAAAACUUCAAGCCGAUUAUUCCACAAGUCUUCAUUCAGCAUCAGCAGCCUGUUGUGGAGACGAGAAGGAGUGAUGGGUGACAAGGAGUCUCCUUCUCAGUCCCAGAAAGUGCGCUCUAACCAGCUUGCAAAAACCAGCCAGGAUCAAAACUUUGAAAAGUCAAAAGAAUGCGCCAAAGUGGAAACCAAAGCGGGGACUGUAACUGGGAAACGAGAAGGAAAUAAGGAAGAAUCGAGGGAAACCGGUGGGGCAGAAGAAAGCGUCAAACCCGAGAAACCUCCUUUUAGUUACAACGCGCUCAUCAUGAUGGCGAUCCGCCAAAGCCCCGAACGACGGCUCACGCUCAACGGCAUCUAUGAGUUCAUCAUGGACAACUUUCCAUACUACCGGCAAAACAGACAAGGGUGGCAAAAUUCAAUCAGGCACAACCUGAGCCUAAACAAGUGUUUCGUGAAAGUGCCGCGCCACUACGACGAUCCCGGCAAAGGCAACUACUGGAUGCUGGACCCCUGCAGCGAGGACGUCUUCAUAGGUGGCACAUCGGGAAAACUGCGGCGCAGAGCCGCAGCUGGCUCCAGGGCCAAGCUUGGGUUGAAGAGAGGAGGCGGUCGUGUGAUGCCCUCCAGCACUGCAACUAGCGUCACUCUGGCCGCAGCCAGUUCGUUUUACUGGCCGGUUCCGCCGUUUCUACCUCUCCAAGCGCCGGUGCGCACCCACCUUGGCGCGGGGACUUACCUGAGCGCGCACCCUCGCUUCUCCAACCACGCCACGUCGGUGGUCUCACAGCGGGCCCGACUGAGCGCAAACGCUGCGGACGCUGACCGGUUCGUGCAGACGCACCAGGAGAUGUCUUACAUCGGACUCAGUUGCGCGCAGUCCCGUCGCCACCAGAUCGGCGCCGCGUGCACCGCCUUCUCCACCUCCAUCCCCGCGUGCACGCUGCCGCUGACAGACCCGUGCUCUUUUAACAUGAUCUCCGGACAAGCCAGCUACUUUUACUCUCACCACAUACCGUGCGCCGCCACGUUUAGUCAAGAGGAGUGCGCCACCUCCAAGACACCAGCGGCGACGUUUUUACCCAAGAGCGGUCACUCAGACCUCGGAGGAUGCUGCGGUGACUUUUCAAAUUACUGCCCUCAAGUCAGCCCGAGCCCGUCGUCUUGGAAUAUAGAGAAAUAGAUAAACAGUCCCGACAGCCAGUAUGUGAGAUUUGAAACAUUGCUGUAGAUAGUUUGCUAAUUGUUGGAAACAAAAGGCAAAGCCAAAGAAUCCCGAUGAAUGAUAAAAAUCCUGCAAUAUUUACCCAAAUGUCUGCGUCACAGUGGAUGUCUCUAAGUAAAAAAGCGUUAAUAGACUUGGAUUAUUUCUCAGAGUUGCAAAGUUUAAAUGACCAAAAUAAAUGACGCGUGGACUAUAAGUCUUAAAAUACUUCAUCCGACAAACACAUUUCCGAAAAUGAGCAAAAAAAUGUGUUUUUGCAUAUAAUGUAAAUCCUAGGAUAUGCGCGGAUAUGCGCAGAUCAUUUUUUAAUGCAAUUAACGUUCACCGAGUUUGCAUCUGCUUCUGAAAUUGUACUAGAAAAAAUAUUAUCCUUUGUUAACUUUCCUCAUCAAUGAUUUCCCACAUGUAUGUUUAUUGGUAUCAAAAAGUGAAGGGUUUUUUGGCGCAUGUCACCAGUUUUGGUUUGAAGGGAGGUGAGAAGAAAACACGAUUUUAAACAUGAAAUAAAAUCGAAAAAUAUAUAACUCUUGAUGAAGGGAUUUGCUUUCUCCAGCAUGGUGUCCAACACAUUAAAAUAUUACUUCGAAAAGGUUCCAGCUAAAUUUUAAACGAACGGGUGGAACCGGGUUUUUUGGUUUGGUUUUUUGGAUUUUUGGAUUUUUUAGUCCACUUUUUAAAUUAUGAGUUUUCAGUUUGGGUGAAAAUGCGAUGUGAAAAUGAUACUUAAACUGCUCAUUUGCUGCACUUAUUGUCUUCGAUUUCGUUAAUGUUGCAACCAUAUAUAUAUUACAUUCCCAUUUUAAUGACCUUACAUGUAAUUAAACGAUAAAUAAUGCAUUUUUAAUUGUGUUUUCUUUUUACCUCAUUAAAAGCUGCUGUUGUUGAUUGUUCUUAUUUGGCUGUGUUAUUAAAUGUUUCACUCUGGAGAUUUGAGCCCGCACAAUAAGAACUAUAUAUAGACUGGAUUGAAUGUUUUAAGGAAAGGUUGUGAGGCACAGAGGCCUCUGUGUGGGUAUGCUCUGAGCCAUUCUUUUUUUGUUUAUGAACAGUUCCACUAAAAAGGUUUCUCGAGGAGAUAUCGUGUGGAAAAGGUUGUGAUGUAACCUCAACAGGUAGACAUGGCAUUUCCAGUCGCGCAGAUCUUAUUGAUCUGUCUUGUGUUUCAACCUGCGCUGACAUCACUGCCUGUUAAACUUUCCCUCACCUCUCCUCCCUGCUGCACCCUGGAGAUUUAAAUUAAUAGAUGUAUGUGGAUGCAGAUUAGAGCAGCUGUCUCUUUUAAACAAAGGGUUCUUUAUCAAAAACAUAAAUAGAAAGAAAAAAAAACCUCACCACCUUUCCAAAGCCAGCCACAUCCACAGUCACCUGUGGUUAAAGCAGACCGGGCUGGAUCAGGUAACUCACUGUCUAGAUAGAUACAAAAGAUAAUAUUUACACUUUGGCAUGAAGCACUGUGGCACUGUGGUGUGCAGAGCAGCAAGGGGGGGGGGGCUUAGCUGUGAAGCAACAAGCUUUUGGUGCAAAGUAUCCUGAGGCAGGAGUAAGAAGAUACUGUUUGCUGUUAGUGCAAUAAAUAACAUGUUU